AUGGAGACAAAACAGUCGAUGGAUUGUAUCCUCAAUGAUCCGAGCGCCAAAUCCAAGCCGGUGGUUCCAAAACUGAUCACUGUUAAUCCAUUGAAUAUUAUCAUUGAACCGAAAUCGGGCCAAAUUGAUAAGACUCUGGAAUUGAAUAUUGGAGAGAAAACAAUGAUUCGAAUUUCGAUGAUCGACGGAAGCAAGUAUCAAUCCAAUCAUCAGUUCAUUGUACAAUCGAUGCCAGCUCCUGGAGACUUUGCCGAUCGAAAACUCAUAUGGAAGCAACCGAAUUAUCUUGGGAUUCUGACCACCACUCGGGUUAAGACAAUGAGACCUGGAUUGUCUUUGAGCAAGAACGGUGGACAAGCGACAAGUCCAGCAUUGUCAACCUCAAACGAAGGUGGUGGAGCAAGAUCUCCAGCAUUGAUGGAUUCAAAUGAAUCGCUAGUAACUCCAAGUGUCCCCAGUUGGACCAAACCAGUUUCCUCGAUUGAUCAUGGAAAGUUUGCUGAUAAUAUCAACGAUUUGACAACUCAAGUGAAGAAAGCGAUUGCUGAAAAGAAUACGCGUGCCAGUGAGAUGGUUUCAGUUGUCAAUCAGAUUAAGUCGAUUGAAGUUUAA